AUGAUUGGCAAGCAUCGAAGUUGGCAUGACAUGUUACCAUAUGCUUUAUUGGGAUACCGCACGGCUGUCAGAACAUCAACUGGUGCUACGCCUUACUUACUAGUUUAUGGAACAAAGGCAGUCAUACCUGCUGAAGUUGAGAUAUCGUCAUUGAGAAUCAUCCAGGAAGCUGAGUUGAGUAAUGCCGAAUGGGUGAGAAAGUGGGUUGAUCAAAUAAUUUUGAUUGAUGAUAAGAGAAUAAUUGUGGUCUGUCAUGGUCAGUUGUAUAGGCAGAGAAUGGUUCAUGCCUUUCACAAGAGAGUAAGAGCCAGAGUUUUCGAAGUUGGUCAAUUGUUCCUUAAGCACAUUUUUCAUCAUCAUGACGAAUACAAAGAAAAAUAUGCACCAAAGUGGCAAGGUCCUUACAUGGUUCGUAAAGUAUUAUCUAGAGGAUCUUUGGUCCUGUCGAAGAUGGAUGGAACCGUAUGGCCGAAAUCGAUCAACUCAAAUGCCGUCAAGAGAUACUACGUGUGA